AUGAAUCAGCUAUAUUGUUUACAAAGACAGAUGAACGAAAAAAUGACGCAGAUUGGGAGCCCCCAGAAAGACCCACACCGCAAUAUAGUGAUUAGACCGUCUUUGAAAAUUGCGCAGGGGGGGAAAGACAGAAGAGGAAGUGUGCCAUACUUGGUAAACAGCACAAAUAGGGAUAUCCAAAAAAACAAUGAGGACGGGGGAAAAAAAACAGACCAUUUGGAAGACUCCCAACAAGAAGAGGUAGUACCCCCCCGGGAUGAGCGCGAAAAGUACAACGAAUUGUUCGAGGCCAAAAUGUACUUGCCUCCACUACGUGCCAGCAAAAGAGAAUUAAAUUUUUUUUUCAAAAUUUUGUCCAACGCAAUGGAAAAAAAUAACAAGAGCAAUAUCUACAUAAGUCUGAUGAACAUUUUGUGCAAAAACUUCCCGUCGUACAUCGGGCUAUUUGCACACUUGUGGUUUCAAUGCAAAGUGCUACUGGCGGAAAAAUUAAUUUUAAUUGAAUUUUUCAGACAGCUAAAAAUAAACUCGGAAAUAAUCAACCAUUUUUUUAACUACGGCUAUGACUCCUUCGAAACGAUCUUGUCCAUAACGCCACAGGACUUGAAAAACAUUCAGGAGUUUAACAAAGUCACCUGGCUUCCGGGACAUACGUUUCGCUUGAAAAUGAUUUUCUCUCAAAUCGAGAAAUAUUUUAAAUUGUUCAUUCAACAGAACGAUGAUUAUGUGCAGAAAAUUAAAAAAUUUAUUUUAAACAAAAGGAAAAAAACGGAACUAACUCUGCAGUUGUCCCUGGAGAGGCAACAGAACGACCGCGCAGAGUGCGGCAUGUACAGGCUUGACUCCCCGGGCAAACCCCUUUGCCUGAACAAAUUAAAAAAUUAUGAACAGGUCAGAAAAAAAAACUCCCCUUUUUCUCUUAAUUUAAAAUGUGUGCAAGGGGCAAGCGCAAAUAAAACAAGGGAACCACGCCAGGGGGGAAAAGCAAAAGUAUCCAUUCUGAUUACCUCUCCCGAGGGCGCCAAAAUUUAUAGAUUUGUCACCAUACUGCUCAUCUACAAUUUGAUAAAAGGACAAGCGGAAGAGGAGUCCCCGUUGGGGAGGAAUCGUCACGUCGAUAACGAUGCAGUAAGUGAAGUCCUGAACUUCCCCAUCGUAUCCAUCGGCAAAUCCUGCAACGCUGUCCUCAACAAUGAUGACACAAGAGGGGACCUCUACGAUAAGUUCCAAAGUUUAGUGAAAGAAUUCCCAAAGUUCAAAAUAAAUCAGCAGGAGUUCCACCAACUGAACAAAACCGUUAAAAGUUUGAACGUCGUCUUCACCCCCAGCAAGGCCAAUUCGGUAACCCUGCGCAACGAAUUAAUUGCCAAUUUGGAGAAGCACAAAAGGGAGGGGACCCUCAACACAGAGAACAUUAUCUGGGUUGCCUCAUCCAUUAGCAAGUCCAAUUUUAGCAAUAAAAAAAAAAAUGAGUUUACCCCGUUGGGCAGGAAAGAAGAAAAAAAACUGGACCCUUUAACCAUCACAAGAAUCAACUGCUACGAUACCAAAAAAGUUACAUACAGUAGAAACCAAAUUGCGAUUGGGAAAAAGUCCAUUAUAUGCCUAAUGAGCAACAGCACGGUGGCUUCCUUUUUCCAAAACUUUGGAAACGAUUUUGCCGCCACGCUCUGCAUGGGAAGAAAUUCAUACAUUCUCGCAAAAAAAUUAAAUUUCAAAUACGUCCAUUAUCCGGAAGACUCAAAAAUGGAAUCCUUUCUGAGCAUGUUAAUAAAGUUGUAUAACGAAUUAGGGGAUAGAUACGGAACACGGUACGAUGUUGUGCUGACGCGGGAGAAAGGCAAAAAUGACUACUUGGGGAGAGCCUUCACUAAGCAAGGGAUUCCCUACCGAGUUGUCCCAUGCAUAAGGACACACUAUCACGGGGACGGGAUUCGAUUGCUCUACUCCAUCCUCUCAUCGAAGGUGUAA